UCGUAUUGGUCAAAUUGAUGGUCGACGGCAGAAACGUGGGUCCAACACUGAAAAGGAGGCAGCGAUCAUCGCAUGCAGGACGUUCGCCGGCGCCAGCGCGGCAGCUGCUCGCGUCCAGGCCGCCGGGCACCUCCGCCAAAACGUCAACCCUGAACAAGAAGACCAUGAGCCCAGAUUCUUCGUUCCAUCGGGCAACCAAAUCUCGACCUUGUUGCUGUGUACCGCUGUGACACGACAGCGCUGUUGUGACCUUACAUUGCGAUCGGAAAGCACGUGGCCAUCUGCAUUCCACCAGAUUUUGCAGAGUCGUGCAAGAGCUUGGACGUCAGCGUGUGGCUGAACGAGUGGCACAGAACGUAGCCAGCACGAGCUUGAGGACAUUACAACCGGCCAUGGAGACCAGUGCAAGUGAAAGCGGCUCGCAGGUAGCUGCUGGUGGCGCAAAUGAUCUUGAUGUGUGGUCCAACUCAGAUGCAGACUCAUCAUAUGGUGAUCUGGCGUCUGAAACGGCCUCUCUGACCUCUAGCAUCAUGGCUGGCCACUACGAGAACGGGAGACGGUACCAUGCUUACCAGGCUAGCGGGGAGUACAUCCUGCCGGACGAUGAGCAAGAGCAGGACAGGUUGGACAUCAAAUAUGCGUCAAUACAACUUGUCUUCAGCGACAAGGUGACGUUUGCGCCGAUCGAAAACCCCCAGCAGAUUCUCGACAUCGGAACAGGAACCGGGAUAUGGGCCAUUGAUGCUGGUGAACAGUUCCCUAGUGCUGUCGUCACUGCAACAGACCUGAGUCCCAUCCAGCCAACAUGGGUCCCACCAAAUGUCAAAUUCGAAAUCGACGACGCAGAAGCAGACUGGACCUGGCCAAUCAACCACUUCGAUCUCGUGCACAUGCGCACCAUGACAGGUUGUAUACGUAACUGGGACAAGCUCUUCAGACAAGCCUAUGCCCACACCAAGCCCGGUGGCUACAUCGAACUGCAAGAGAUGGACUACUUCGGCGUCAUCCAGCCCACCUCGCGCAGCCCUGGUACCUCGUUUCACACGUGGUGCACAGAGCAAGGCAAAGCUGCGAUGAAGGUUGGCGUGAACCUCAGGACCAGCGUGGAGUUUAUGAAGGAGAGUUUGGAGAAGGUGGGGUUUGUGGAUGUCACGGCGAGGGAGUUUAAGCUGCCGAUUGGACCUUGGCCGAAGCAGAAAAGACUCCGGGACGCAGGGCUCCUGCAACUGAGCGCGAUGUUGGAAGGCAUCGAAGGGUUGAGCUUGCGGUUAUUGAAAUUCUACGACGGCUGGACGCUUGACGAGUUGAAGGUGCUCCUGGCGAAAGUCAGAAGCGAGUUGAAGGAUCCUGGGUGUCAUUCCUACUGGCCUCUCAUCGUCGUUGUUGGCAGAAAGGCCGAAUAGAACGGAGCAUCUACACAUACAUCGAGCCUAAAUUCUUAUUCCUUGUCUUUCGAUUCCCUCAUACCCUUUUCUUCAAUGCCAGUAUUGAAACCGCUUUAC